AUGGUAGAGCCAGGAUUUGUUUAUUAUCGCAAAAAGGAGUUGACGGACGACCGAUUUGAAAACCUUGCGGUUAAGUCAACGAAAAAAAAAGGACAAAAGCAGAAUGCACCAAAGGCUAAAGCACGUGGGGAACCAGAAGUCAAGAAAGAUAGGGUGCUCUGUGGAUGUGGAGGGCAUCUGCAUAAGUGUUUUAGCAACUGCAUGGGUUGUGGCAAGAUUUUAUGCGUAAAAGAAGGUGCUGGACCUUGCUUCCACUGCAAUACGUUCGUAUUCGCUGUUUGUGAUGCCGAUAUGGUCCCAAGGGAGUAUGCUGAUGACCCGGAAUUUCAGAAAGCUAUUGAGUUACGCGAUCGUUUGCUGGCCCAGGACGAUGACUAUGCCGCGCAAUCGCUGAAAGUACACGAUCUACAUACAGAUUGGUUCCGUGAAGCGAAUAGUGUCUUCAAUGAGAACGCUGACCAAGCUCGCUUGAUGUAUUACCAAGAAGAAGCCAGAAAACGUGCCGAAGCCGCGGUACAGCAUGUUGAUAUAGACCUGAGCACUGGACAAAUAACCAGUUCUAGCAAACAUAAUAAAUAA